AUGCAAAUAGACUGGGGAACACUGAGAGAAAAAUUUUCAAUUGAAAUAACAGAAUUCAAAGAAGAAAAGAAAGAAAGUAUAAACGCAAGGAAAAAAGAAAAAAAAAAAGUAAAUAAAUACGAAGGAGACAGAUACAAAUCAUACUUUAAAGAAAUAUCAUUUGAUUGGGCAAGUUUAGCAGAUAUAAUACCUAUUUGGAAUAGGUAUACCAGAUGGAAAGAGGAUGUUACAAAAGAAGAAAGACAAAAGAAAUAUAUUGGCAUACUAGAAAUUUAAAGAUUGAUGAAUAUAAAAUAUACAUUCAGCAUGAGAUUAGUUCCACUAAGUCCUAAUAUACGAAGAAUAACUAAAUUAGACCUAUAUAUGUCCAAUCGCGUGUAAUUAAAUUGAUAGAAAUUAAAUAGGUUUUGUAUUGGGAUUAGGAGUGCAGAUGAAUUUUUGGGAGUUAACAGAGUAUGCUAGAACAAAGAGAGAAGGAAAAAUGAUGAUAUUCAUAGACAUAUUAAAUGCAUACCAUACAGUAAAUAGAGAUAAACUAUAUUAUAUAAUAAUAAAAAGGAGAUGGAUGGAGGAAAUACCAGCAAGAUUUUUAAUGACAUUAUAUUAUGA